CUUCCGGUAACAACAUAUGCGGCGGCAAGCUGCAGCAGCAGCAGCAGCAAGCAACAACAACAACAAGCGUUUAGACGCUCUGGGGUGUGUGUGGAAGAGGUGACGACUCAUGUUUUUGCGUAGGGACCCGGAAGCCCGUUUCCUCCGCCGGCUGCACGAGGCCGCCUGACGACGGUCCCUCCCCCCGCUGCUUAUAAGGGCUCGCGCACCCGAUUUGAACACGGCUCGUCGCGGCGGCGGUUGGGACUGGAGCUAGACAGGCUUGCAGAUGGGUCAGGGGCUGUGGAGAGUGGCCAGGAACCAGCAGCUGCAACACCAGGGAUACGCGGGACAAAGCUAUCUGUCCAGAGAGCAUGGUAGAAGGAUAGCUGCUAAUAACGUUUCAAAUGCAAACCAUCGGAAACAUGCACAGGGAGGCAUUGACAUUUACCAUCUGUUGAAAACUCGGAAGUCAAAAGAACAAGAAGGGUUCAUCAACCUGGAAAUGUUGCCUCCUGAACUUAGCUUUACCAUUUUGUCAUACCUGAAUGCAACAGACCUCUGUCUGGCUUCAUGUGUUUGGCAGGAUCUUGCUAAUGAUGAGCUUCUUUGGCAAGGAUUGUGCAAAUCCACUUGGGGUCACUGUUCCAUAUACAAUAAACGUCCGCCUCUGGGAUUUUCAUUUAGAAAAUUGUAUAUGCAGUUGGAUGAAGGCAGCCUCACCUUUAAUGCCAAUCCAGAAGAGGGAGUCAACUACUUCAUGUCCAAUGGAAUACUGGAUGAUUCACCAAAGGAAAUAGCUAAGUUUAUCUUCUGUACGAGAACACUAAAUUGGAAGAAACUGAGAAUCUAUCUUGAUGAAAGGCGAGAUGUUUUAGAUGACCUUGUGACGCUACACAACUUCAGAAAUCAGUUCUUGCCAAAUGCACUAAGAGAGUUUUUCAAGCACAUUCAUGCCCCUGAGGAGCGUGGCGAAUAUCUUGAGACUCUUAUUACAAAGUUCUCACACAGAUUUUGUGCUUGUAACCCUGAUUUGAUGAGAGAACUUGGCCUUAGCCCAGAUGCUGUCUAUGUACUAUGCUACUCUUUGAUUCUGCUUUCCAUUGAUCUUACUAGUCCUCAUGUGAAAAAUAAAAUGUCAAAGAGAGAAUUUAUCCGAAAUACACGCCGCGCUGCUCAGAACAUUAGUGAAGAUUUCGUUGGGCACCUUUAUGACAAUAUCUACCUUAUAGGCCAUGUGGCUGCCUAAAAAGCACAAGUUGCUAGGACUUAGAAUUUAUAGUUUAAAAGGAAUUGGAUCUCCAAUGAGAUUUGGGUUUUGUUUGUUUUGUUUGUAGAUAUGGGGGUUAUAUUAGUGCUGGUCAUUCUAACCUCCGUCUGCAAUCAAAAAUGUACAAGAACAACAUUUUUUUAGCAAUUUACCAUGAGAACUGAAGAAUUUUGGAUUUUUUAAAAAUUUUGCUUACAGUUUGCACAAAAAUUACCAUUAGUUUGACAUGUUACAAUUUCUGAAUGUUAAACUGACAUUAUGAUUUUAAACUGACAAGAUGGUGGACUUAUGCAGUAGAUUUGCUUGAACACUUUAACCAGUUCUUUUGUUUUUUUAAAAUACCAUGUAAUGUGUACAUAUUUAAAGAGAUUUAUAACCAUAAUUAUUUUAUUGUAAAAUAUUUUAACUAAAAAAUUUCCUGUCUCUCUCUAGACUAGACUAUGUCUUUUCGUAUUUAUUUAUUUCUUUACUUUGUGAGACUGCUCUGGUUCAUUUUGCUGUUGCCUUUGUUUAAUAGCAUUUGGUGUGCACACUCUUCAAAAGCUAAUUUAAAGACACAAAGCAUUUUAGAUUCUAAACUGCCAUUUACAGCCACCAGCCUAGCAUAAUUGGGUAGUAUCUGGCUGUCUUUGUGCCUCAGUGUUUAGUGCCUUAAAACAUGGGACAUUUUUUGUAGCUAUGGCUCAGGGUUGGGUGCCUUCAUAGCGGCUGCCCAGAAAUAGUAAUAAUAAAAAAAUCAACACUGAAAAUCAUGGAGGUUAUGCGAGAACAGUUGCAUUACAGCUGAUUCAUUUCACUUCCACUUAAGCAAGAGACAUUCUUGGUGAAUUUGACCUAGAAUUAGUGGCUGGGAUCCUUUGCACAAGCCUAAGGCAUUUCUGUUUGCAUAUGGUCCCUCUUACCCAAUUUCCACCAAUUCCUCUUGUUCAAGUUCUGACCCAGCUAUUCAGAAAGAUCAGUGGUGCUCAGGAAUUCUUGAGGUGGGAGAAAUGAGAAAACCGCACUGUAUGUGUGAAGUUCCACUUAUGCAAUGUUAACAAUUAAAUCUCUCUCCUGCCUGGAGUAUCCCAAGUGUGCCUUGCAUAUGGAAAAUUCUCCUUUCUCAGUUACUUUCUGCUGCUACCUACUACAGUGCCUGUGAAUAGGUUGUGAGAAUUAUCUGAGUGGUAUUGUUCACCAACAGCAGCACAAGCAUUACUUGAGCUGGCACAGGUGAAACACAAUAAUCAUAACUCACAAGUGGGAAAACGUCCAUUUCCCCCUCAGUUAUAGCUGGUGUCCAUUUUUCCGUAGAAUAGCCCACCCAACAACUAUAUAUGCUCAUGGAGUUUCACAGUAUGAAAACUCGGGGUCCUGAUUAUGAUAAUGAAAUGUUAAAGAAUAUAUUUAAAAGCUAUGGAAAUUGAGCAGCUUGGGUUCCUUUCAUUUCUGCACAAAUAACUGAACCUGCUUUUUUUUCCUUUGACCAAUCCCAGUGUGUGGAAAUAGGCUAUUUUCUUUUUUGGGUGAGGGAGGAUGAGGUUUUUAUAAAAAUCUCGUAGGAAUAGUAGUUAAACCCUCUCCAUCCCUUAAUACAGGCAUAACUAAAGCCAGCUUUGAUAUGGAAAAUAACUCAUGCUAUAAUGUAGACAAAUAUUAGCCACAGGAAAAGUUUGAGUCCCAAUAUAAAAGCUUACCCAGGGCCUCAAAAUUUCCAUAGAAAACUCAGACAUCCAAAAGCAAAGAAAUGUGUUCAAUGUGUAAAUUUCAGUUCCAUGUUUUGUAGAUGUUCAGUAUAUCAGUUUCAUUCAGUUUUAUUUUAGAUGCGAAAAAAAUCUUGUACAGCUGCUAUUCCUUGUUUUCAGGGCUACUCUGUAUCUUUUGCAAAGCAAGUUAAACCCAUCCUACAUUUGGGAGGAUACAUUUAAUAUAUCUUUAAACAUGCAAUAAUUUAAAACAUUUCUCAAAGCUUCAAAUAAAGGACAAAUUUGAAGAAGAA